GCUGAGGAAAGUCGAAGGGGGCUCAUGUGUCAACAUCCAGGGUUUCCCCGGGGAGGUGUAACGUUAACGUUAUUCCAACAAAAAAACAAAACAAAAAAAAACAACAACCCUGAUGCUGCUUUGAAGACGGGUUUGUUUUUAUUUCACUCUUAGUGUCCGUGUGUUUCCAUCCCGCUCCUCCUCAGCAGCUUCUGCUCUCACCGCGGACACGAUCCUCGGCUCUGACGUUAGCUAACGUUAUUUUAAACGAUGACAGAGUACAAAGUGCGAACAGCGUCUCCGAGCAUUUAACAACAACAACACCUGAGGGGGGGGAACCUGUUCGCGUAGCCAGCUCGCCUGGUGAAUCGGCUUCAGGACAAGGAAACACGGCUGAACUCUGCUGACAUGAUGUUUCCUCAAUCCAGGCACUCGGCGUCCUCUCAGUCCGGUCAACCUCUCAAAUUCACCACUUCUGACUCCUGUGACCGCAUCAAGGAUGAGUUCCAGUUCCUCCAAGCACAGUACCACAGUUUGAAGUUGGAGUGUGAUAAACUGGCCUCUGAGAAGUCAGAGAUGCAGCGUCACUAUAUCAUGUACUAUGAAAUGUCCUACGGGCUGAACAUUGAAAUGCACAAACAGGCUGAAAUCGUGAAGAGACUGAAUGGGAUCUGUGCUCAGGUGCUGCCAUACCUGUCACAAGAGCAUCAACAGCAAGUCAUGGGCGCCAUCGAGAGAGCCAAGCAAGUCACGCCCCCUGAAAUGAACUCCAUCAUACGGCAACAGCUCCAGGUCCAACACCUGUCCCAGCUCCAGGGCCUGGCCCUGCCCGUGACCCCGCUGCCUCUGGGCCUCACCCCUCCCACCCUGCCCGCCGUCUCAUCCAGCUCCGGCCUGCUCUCCCUCUCUUCCAUCCUGGCCAACUACUCCCACGGACAGGCCCAGGCGGUGAAGGAGGACAAGGCCCGGGAGGCGGCAGAGAGGGCGCCCCGAGGAGAGGACGGGGACAAGUCAGACUAGCGCAGACACAACAACAAGAAGGUUCGGGGCGAAGAUAGGGGAGGGGUUUGUGAAGUGAAGUGUCGGGAAGGGGGGGUAGAAAAAAAUAAAAAGGAAAAAAAAACAAAGAAAGGUGUAACUGUAAAUGGAGAUUGAUGUAAGUCUGGCUGCCUGUCUGCUGAGUGUUGAUGUAGAAGAGUGACUGCAGGGACGAUGACGAGCAGAGAGGACGGAGGCGAUGUGCAGAGAACGAAACUGCUGAAUGGCUGCGAGUGAGAGUUAAAUGUUCUUAUUAUUUAGUGGUGAUAGACUCAGUUCAGGCUUCUAGACUUUGAAUAGAUGCUUCUUCUUCUUUUUUUUUUUAAGCGUAAGCCGCUGUUGUUAGGCUUAACCAAGAUAAAUGUUUUCCCAUCCGAGAGUGAGAGCUGGUGAGAGGAUGAGCGCCCUGACAUGGAUCAGCCUCUCACAGGUUUAUAUUUCUUACUUUUUUUUUUUUGUUAUCAGAUCUGUUUUCUGUGUCUGUGUUUUUGUUUUGUUCACGUCCUCUUUAGAUCGUUUCUUGCUGGCCGCCCCUUGUCUGCCAGUCCCCUCCGUUUAUAACUUCACAAAAGCUCCGACUGGAGCUGUGUGCACUCAUUCAUUCAUGAAGUUGGAGCCAAAUUAAAUCAUAGUCAUAAGUCUUUUUUUUUUCUUUUUCUUUUUUUUAAGGGACAUUUCAUUUGUCAGGUGCAUUCAAACCUAAAUCACAUGACCUUUUCGCCAUUUAUUUUCAUACGACCAACCACUGGAUGCGUUACCUUUAGCUGUGUACCUCAAUCCCCGAUAAAUGGGAUUUAAAAAAAAACAACAAAAAAAAACAUAUAGGUUGUACAAAUGGUAGUAUACCCGUCUUAAUGGGUUCAUUUGUGUUUCAUAGGUCUAGCUGCUGCUGCUGCCGCCGCUGCUGCUACGCGCGCUCCAUGGCACGGACCAUGACUCGUCUUUUAACCGACUUAAAAGAAUUUAAGCUCUGGAAAAAGAAAAACAAACAAACUUUAUUUUGACAUGUUGUUUUUGUGAAAUUGAAGACAGGCUAAUUAGACAUUCAAAAAUGCGUCUGCGUGUGCUCGAGUGAAUGUGAAAGAAGAAAACGCGUUUAGUUUAACUUUUUUUGUCUUAAAGCACCUUUUUUUUUUUCAUCCCCCGUCCCUUCCUCGUACCGGUCCACUCUUUAACCGACCAAGACAAACUUGAACAGGAUCUAAACUUCAGAACCAGACGGUCGUAAAAAGAAAAAGACGUACAUGUACUGUAUUUCUGUAAGUUGGCACACUUCAGUUUAUGCUGAGACUGUAUCAAGCGACCUGUCUUUCCCCCGCCUUGUUCAACUUGUGUGUGUGAUUGUCAGGGAAAAAUAUUCCCCACCUUUUUUUUAAAUUUUCACAUUGUUUUAAUGAAGAAUGUGUCCGGGGUGAGUUGUUAAAGCUCUGUAAGCGACAUCAAACAAACGUUCCCUCAGAAAACAACAGACUUGAAGACGAUUUUCACAGUCAGAGGUUGUGCUAGUGACCAAAUUAUUCUUCUAAACUUUAAUUAUUGAAAUAAAGGUCUGGAACCAAACUAGUGCCAACACAUGACAUGUGCAGUAUGGAUUUGAAAUCAGAAGCGCUUCUCGGUUCUUCUUCCCCCUCACACUUUUCAGACGUCAUAAAUGUAGAAGCCACAUAUGAGAACUUCUAUAACAUAAUGAAACCAACAAUCUGACGUUCAUGCCUAUUUAAUGCCACAGUUGGACAGGCAUGUGGAAGUGAGAAGGUUUUGUCUGGCUCAAUUCUUCACCCGACCGUUUUAAUCACUUCUUACGUGGACAAACGGCGCUUGCAGCUCAGCCAGCAAACAACAUCUGCAACUUUAUGUGGUGGUCAGAUUCACACCUCGUUUUAAAGUGCGUCCGCUCAAAAGCAGCUCUAAACACUCCUCAUGCCUCCUGACAUAGUUGUUUUUUUCACAACCUGGCUCUUAGGCUAAGCAGGUUUUUAACACGAGGCGUGUUCACACUGGAAAAGUGAUCGAACAGUGAUAAAAUCAGCCAGUAUGCAGACUGAAAAAACCCUGAUUGGAGUGCGUUAGUGACGGACUAUGUCGUCUCACCACGCUGUGCACAGAACAAAACUCACACUGAUUAUAAAUGGUGGCGACAAAUCUUCAGUAAAACAUUCAUACUGCAUGCACAAUUACAUUAGGGGUGUAGUGUAUGGUUAAGGAAUAGAAAUGUUCAUGUCUGAGGCAGCAGAGGGCAGCAGUGCUCUCUCACCGUGAAGUUACCUUCACCAAAACGUUCCUAAAGAGAUCCAGGUCAGCCUGCCGCGCUGUCCCGCAGACUGUGGGCCAAACAUCUGUAAUGCUGGCUGUAACCUGAGCGCUUACCAGAGCUUCUCCAACCCACCUGUUUUUAAACGUCUGACCACGUCCGAGAUCAGAGCUUAAAACUUUUUUUUUUUUCCUCUGUAUUUUAAUUUGAAAAGCACUUAAGUUGUGGCUCAGUGCUCCUUUUUUUUCUUUCUUUCUGUUGUUGUUUUUCUUCUUCCUGUCUGUGCUAGUGUUUAGGGAGCUGAAGAUUUUCCCUCCCUGGAGAUUUGACCUCAAUGUACGGAGUCUGUGCACUCUUUACGCUGACGUCAGUCUCAGUAGAGAACCUCUUUUGGCAAAACUCAGACAUAUGAAUGGUAUGUGUGUUUGUUUUUUGCUGUGAAGGGCCAAUUUGUAUACAUAUGAAUAUAUCAAUAUACAUAUUUUUUAAAGCAUUUUUGUAUGUUUCAAAGCUGCUUUUUAACGUGUGUGUAUCAUGGAAGAUUUGGUGUUGUAUGUGUGCAUUACAAAGCCUACAGUUAAGAGAGGCACAAUGUUGUAUACCAUGUCGUUUUUUGUUUUGUUUUUUUUCCUGUUUUUUCUCCCAUUCUCUCAGUAGGCAGUAACACUUAACAUUGUUUUCUAGGUUUGUAAAUGUUUUAUCUUUUUUUUUUUUUUUUUUCAAACAAAAAAAAAAAACAGUUUAAUGUGUUAAUGAACACAGUCUCAUUUUAAGAUACCUGGGGCAAAACAAAAAAAACAAAAAAAACAGAAGAAAGAUGUAAACAACCAACUGUGUAUUCUAAUGAGAAUGAAUCAACCUUUUAGCAGUAAGGAAGCUUCUCUGGUGCCUUACAAAUAAAAGACGUGAUUGAGAGUGA